GGGAGUUGUAGUCUCAGUGGAAUGCCCGCUUCCAGAGGCGAAGAGAGUGAUUUCGGGGUCUCGUCGCCCUCUCGCGCCAGCUGGCCGGAAGUCGUGCCCUGCGCAAGAUGGCCGCGCCCUUGUCGCGCCCGGCUGAAGCCGGAAGUUCGGUCUGGGGGAAGCUGGCUGGCGGCCCCCGGAGGAUGGAGGGGGCGAAGGGGGAGCUGCGGGUGCUGCUGGUGCCCCUCGCCCGGGAGGCCCGGAGCCCCCCGGGCGACACAGCCCAGGUCAAGCUCAACAGGGCGCAGGACGCUCUGGGAAGCCGGCUGGCCUCGGGGGGGCUCCACCUCAGGUCCCUGGCCUGCGGCAGGGCCGGCCGGGCCCGCGGCAGCCCCAUCCCGGGACCGUGGGCGGACUUCAUGUGGGAGGAUGCAGAAAAUAAUGAUCCACAAGGAAACAAGUCAAAACUCCUGGCUCUUAGUAAAAACAAUGAACUGUUUGUCUAUGAGCUCAAUAGAGAGGAUGGAAAAUCUGACACAACUCCCUUGUACAGCUGGAAUGAAGAGAGACUUAAAAAACUUCUGGAAGUUAAAAAUAUUAGUCUUUCUUCAAUAUCGUCUGUGAGGAUUCUGUCAUUUAAAAAGAGCACAUCUUUGCUGCUGUUGAAUAAUUUUAUUCUUGUGCACCUUGAUUUUCCUGGAGAAGAUACAGAAUUACAGGCACUUGACUGCUUUAUCCUUGAUUUGUCUCCACAAGCUUUGGAGAGAAUAACAGAUGUGAACUUUUGUAGAGGGGUUCUAUUUUUGUUAGAUAACUCUGGUUGGAUAUACAUAUUUGAUACAAUAGAUGGUGUGCAUCUAGCAGAUGUUGAUGUUGCACUCUUCCAAGCAAACGUGCAGGAUGAGAACAAGAAUACAACCAUCAUAUCUCCCCUCACUUCGGUAAAGGUGUCGCACGAUCUCAAUGUCGCUGUGAUCGUUAAUUCCUCUAAUUGUGCCAUUUCUAUUGAUCUAAAUUUGUAUUUCAGAGAAUUCCCUGGGCAUUUAUUUUGUAAGAAAAUUUUUCAGAAUCUUCCUGUGACACGACUGGAAGGAAUUGAUGAGGAUGACCUUGCCAGCUCUGAUUACAGCAUGAAACUUAUGAGGUUUUCUUUCCGGACAGACAGGUCAUGGAAAGCACACUUGUCCUCAUUAUGUAACACGUCAAAGAGACCUGACUCUCCAAAUUUGGUAUCUAACAUUUGCUUACGUUGGUACCAGUACCUUCCCCAUCUUGAACAUUAUGAUUAUAAAAUCUGUGAGACGUCUGAGAAGAUCUUGUCCUCCAUUCCACAAGACAUUGUCUAUAUCCUUUCCGAAUCAACAAAAAAAGAUUAUGCAAAUAUCAAUGACAUAGGAAGACAAUGGAAAAAAAUCCAUCCAGGAGGACUAGAAGAAAUGAUGAAACUUGAGUGUAAAUCUGUGACAGGAUUUAGUGCACUGUUUGCAUUGUCAGCUGGUGACAAAGAAUUGACUGUUGCUCUGUGGGACUUAGAGACGCAAGAUGUGACAUAUUAUCACAUUGGCAAAAACUGUAUUUAUGUGGAUUGCAGUGGAGAGGAGCAGUUGUGUCUCAUUCAGACAGAGCAUGGACUCUCCUUGAUUCUGUUUGGUUUAACUCAAGAGGAAUUCUUGAAUAGACUGAUAAUCCAUGGAAGUGCUGGCAUUGUAGAUUCUCUUUGUCAUCUCAAUGGGUGGGGAAGAUGUUCGAUUCCCAUACAUGCAUUAGAGGCCGGUUUGGAGAACCGUCAGCUAGACACAGUAGACUUCUUUUUAAAGAGCAAAGAGAAUCUUUUCAAUCUUACUUCAGCCUGUUCCUUACCAGAGCAAUCUACCAAUAUCACACCCCAAUUUUACUUGAGAAGUGUGGAAGAACUGAAGCCAGCUUUAGAUUUACUUUGCUCAGCAAUCAGAGAAAAUGAUUUGGAAACUCAGAGUAAACACUUCUCUGAGCAGCUGCUAAACCUUACCUUGGCUUUUCUUAACAAACAAAUCAGAGAGAUUUUUAUCCACACAAAAGAACUCGAUGAGUGCUUGCAGAAGUGUGUGGAUAUUUUAACCACCUACAUUAUCGAACUUAGAACAUUUAUGAUAAAGUUUCCUCGAAAGCAGACAAAUCUCAUAAAUAUAAGAUGUGAUUUUGAUGAAGACAUUCCCAGAACAGAACAAAGCCAAAUGUGGGAAACACUCACUCCGGAGCAAGUUAUUUUUGAGGCCAUUUUAAACAACAGAAUACCAGAGGCUCAGACGUUCUUCCGAGUGAAUCAGAACCCUGCUCAGAGUCUUCAAGAGCUGAUUCAAAUAGGUUUUGAACUUGUUUAUGACAGUCUUCUAAAGGGCAAUGUCAAAGAGGCCUCAGAACUCAUAAGGAAUAUGGGUUUUGAUGUGAAAGAGCAGUUGCAUAAGAUAUGUUUCUACACUAUUGAUAAAAACAUACGCAACUUGUUGGUGGAAGUGUUGCAAGAACAAAACUAUUUUUCUGAAAAAGAGAAGACAGUGAUAGCCUUUGUGCAUCAGGUUGAAAACUUUUAUUCAGGAUCCUUCCAAGACAAUAAAGAGAUUCAGCCUCUUUCCAGUUUCAGGAAUUGGAAAAAAGAACAAGAUCUGACCAGUCACACAGCUGUUUUGGAUACAUUCUUGACUUGUGACAAACCUCAGAUUCACAACAGGGAGCACAGAAUUAUGUUAAACUGGGGUCAGUGGUGGGAUCAGCAUAUUCAGGAAAUGAUUCUUCUUCCCAAAAGAUCACAUGAAGAAUUCAAGUCCUGUAAUCCUGCAGUUCUUUGGAUGUAUCUGACAUCCCAGCAUGACUGGCUUAACAUUUGCUCAUGGAUUGAAGAAUCCCAGCCACAUAGUCAUACCUUAUUUCAACAAGCUAACUGGCCUUCUCUGACACCAGAUAUUAUUGACCAAAAUACAUUCUGCAGCAGCUAUAUGAGAAAUGAAAUAUUAGACAAGCUGGCUAGAAAUGGAAUUUUUGUCCCAUCUGAACAAGACGACUUUGAACUCCUCCUCCUAAGAUUGAGCCAUAUUGGAGGAGUGAUGCAAAAUCCACAUCCUGUUCCAAAAUACAAUUCUGCGAGUGGUUUGGAUUUCCACACCCAUUUCAUCCUCUAUUGUUUAGAACGUAGUCUGCAGCAUCUGCUAUACACAUAUUUAGACUAUUACAGUUUAACUCCUUCGAAUUGUCCUGUUUUGGAUAAAAAGGAAUUGCAUGAGGCUCACCCCUGGUUUGAAUUUCUAGUACAGUGUCGAGGGGUUGCAAGUAACCCAAGAGAUCCAAAGAUGAUAUUUCAGGCUAGUCUUGCAAAUGCUCAGAUCUUGAUUCCUAGUAAUCAAGCUAGUGUGAGCAGCAUGCUGUUGGAAGGACAUACACUUUUAGCACUUGCAACCACAAUGUAUGCACCUGGCGGUAUAGAUCAGGUUCUUCAGAAUGAAGAUACUGAAAAGCCCCUGAAGAAGGUGGAUCCACAGCUGUUAAAAAUGGCAUUGACUCCUUACCCCAAACUCAAAGCUGCUCUCUUUCCGCAGAACACUUCUCAUGGAAUUUUGCCACCUGAUAUCUCACUCUACCAUCUUAUGCAGUCAUUAGCGCCUUUUGAUCCCACUAAAUUGUUUGGCUGGCAGUCGUCAAAUACUCUUGCCAUAGCAGACAUCUCAAGUGACCUCCCUCAUUUCUCGUCCCCUGAUUUGGUAAACAAAUAUGCCAUAAUGGAACGACUGGAUUUUUCCUACUACUUGCACCAUGGACGCCCAUCAUUUGCUUUUGGUACCUUUUUGGUCCAGCAAUUAGUAAAGAGCAAAUCCCCAAAGCAGCUGAUUCAGCAAGCAGGGAAUGAAGCCUACGCUCUAGCUCUUUCUUUCUUUUAUAUACCUUCAAUAGGAGCAGCAUGCAUUUGUUUUCUAGAGUUACUUGGUCUUGACAGCCUUAAACUUCGGGUUGAUAUUAAAGUUGCAGAUAUAAUUUGGAGCUUCAAGUCUAGAAAUGAAGAGUCUCAACACAAUUUAAUAAGAGAAGCCUUGGUUGGAAAUCUAACAAAAUUGGCGGAUGGUGAAAAAACAGCAGCAGCAGAAGUGCUUAUGUCCUUGGAAGAAGCUUUUUGGGAUAAAAUCGAACAUCAAGAAAUAAAGAAAACAUCCAGUGACUCUAGAAGACAGUGGUCUUUGGUGAUGCAGUUCUGUAAGCUCCAUGAUAUCAAACUGAGUACAUCUUACCUAAAGGAAUGUGCUAGAUCCAAUGACUGGCUGCAGUUUCUCAUCCAGACCCAGAUGUACAGCUACCAAAUAGAUGAGGUCAUUUCCAUUCUUCAAGAUUUCACUCCCAUUUUGCAAGAUCAUUUGAUGCUGGCCUUUGAGAACUUGCAGCGCUCUCGCUCUGCUACAGGGAGUCAUCACAACAACAACAACACCAGUCCACUCAAGACUGAGCACAGGCAGAGCGAACAUACAAGUGACCUCUUUCAAAUUCUGUUGUGCUGUCAAGAAAGUCCUAACCCUGGGUGCUACCUUUUGGCUGAAGGAGUGAGGCACCACGCUCCCUUCUUGAGUGUCUUAGCAGCCUGUUUUCAGGAUUCCAACAUUAUUCACUGUCUCUGUGUUUGGAUAAUUACCUCUGUGGAUAAUGUUACUGCUGCUGAAGCAACAAACCAUAUUCAAGGCUCAGUAGAAAAUCAUGAAUGGGAUCUUCAUGACCUUUCCACCAUCUGGAAGAUGUUUUUAAGAAGACAAAAAAAUAAAACUCUCAUGAAUGGUUUCCGGCUCUUUCUAAAGGAUUCCCCUUUAUUACAUAUACUGGAGAUGUAUGAACUGUGCAUGGACUACAAAAAAUAUAAUGAAGCCAAAACCAAACUCCACAACUUCCAGACAAGUCUUGCAAAUCUUAAAAUUGCAGAUAAACCAACACCGUCAAUAAUAUCAGUACCAUGGCUGGAGUCACAGGCAUUCUUUCUUCUUGAACUGAUGAUGCAGCAAUGUAGAACACAGUAUGAAUUAGGAAAACUGUUACAGCUCUUUGCAGAUAUAGAUAAACUUCUACCUGAUGGCCCAGAUGUGAAGAAACUGUGUGCACUCAGUCAGAUUUUGAAGGAUUCAUCUAUAUCUAUUAAUCGCUCUAUCCUGACCAGUUAUGACACAGAAUAUUUUCAGAAUGAAUGCAGAUUAGUUCUAGAGCAGCUGCAAGAGAGAGGAUUGUUCUCACUGGCGAGGAAGGUUGCAGAAUUAGCUGAACUGCCUGUGGACAGUGUGGUUAUCCAAGAGGUACUUCAAGAUUUACAUCUCUUAGAGCACAUUGGACCGUGGCAUCGAAAACAAACUAGAAUUAACUUCUGGAAAAAAUGUCAUGACCGUUUUAUGAGAAAUUCCGUCUCCAGCAAAGCAGCAUCUGCCUUUUUCUUAGCGGAGGCAAACGCAGUGUCUGAACCUUCAGCUGAUGAGAAGGUAAACAGCAUUACGGAGAAACACCUGCUGCUUACCUUGGCUGGCCACUGGCUAGCACAGAGUGACGCUGUGACCCUGGACAAAUUGGAAGAAAUAGAGAAACAGAUCUGGCUUUGUUGCAUUGCACAACAAACCUUAAAUAGAGACGAUGUGUUGGUCAAGUCAAGGUUUUCUCACCAGGUUUCAGCGAGUGGUGAACUUUCCUUUGAUAGCUUAGCUAAGGAGUUUUCCUUUUCAAAGCUAACUGCUCUGAAUACAUCAAAAUAUUUACAACUUGAUGGCCUUGCAUUCCAAGAUAUGUCUGAAAACAUGCUGGAUAAAGCUGAGGUAGAAUCACUUCGUUUUCUGAUUGGAUGUCUUCUAGAUGAAGGACGUAUACAUGAAGCCAGCCGUGUUUGCCGGUAUUUUCACUUUUAUAGCAGAGAUGUUUCAUUGGUAUUGCACUGCAGAGCACUGGCCUCAGGGGAAGCUGAUCUAAACAGCUUACACCCAGAUGUUCGAGCUAUUCUUCUGGUGGGAGAUACAGCAGAUGAGAGAGACAUGCAGCCCAGAAGAUUACAAAGCACCUCAAGCGUAGAAAAUUGGUCACACGUCCUGGCUCCAUCUCCAGAUGAUCUGGUUAUGACCAGUCUGACGACUCUAAUAGAUGAGUGUGUUCAUGGGAGAAACUACUGCAGACAAGUCCUCUGUUUGUAUGAGCUUUCGAAGGAACUGAAUUGCUCCUACGGUGAAAUAUCAGCCCAUGAUUCUGAAAAGGUGCUUCAAGCGAUCCUUUCAUCGCAGCAGCCUGACAGAUGCAAGAAAGCCCAGAUGUUCAUCAAAACACAGGGUCUCCAGUCUGAAACUGUGGCAGAACUUGUGGCUGAAGAAAUCAUGCAGGAGUUACUGGUAUCUUCUGAAAGAAAAGGGCAAAAGCAGAUUGUGAACCCAGCAGAUGAGACUCAGGCAUUCCUAGAGUUGGCCAAAUUGUGCAAGGAUCAUACACUGGUUGGCAUGAAGUUAUUGGAUAAAAUUUCAUCUGUACCCUGUGGGGAACUAUCUUGCACUACAGAGCUGCUGAUUUUGGCCCAUAAUUGCUUUAGUCUGACAUGUCACAUGGAAGGAAUUAUUAGAGUCCUGCAAACUGCUCGACUUCUCACUGAGGCACACUUGGCCCCCAAUGAGGAGUUCGGCCUUGUGGUCCGACUCCUUACUGGUAUUGGAAGAUAUAAUGAAAUGACGUACAUAUUCGAUCUGCUGCAUGAGAAACAUUACUUUGAAGUGCUUAUGAGAAAAAAGUUAGACCCGAGUGGAACGCUGAAGACAGCUCUGCUAGAUUACAUAAAGCGCUGUCGGCCAGGGGACAGUGAAAAGCACAAUAUGAUAGCCCUGUGCUUUAGCAUGUGUCGAGAAAUUGGAGAGAAUCAUGAGGCAGCUGCUUGUAUACAGCUUAAGCUCAUUGAAUCUCAACCAUGGGAAGAGUCUCUCAGAGAUGUGCCUAACUUAAAGAAACUGUUGAUGAAAGCUCUGACGCUCUUUAUUGAUGCAGCCGAAAGUUAUUCUAAGGAUUCCUGUAUCCGCCAGUCCUUGCGCUGCAACCGGUUGACAAAGCUGAUAACCCUCCAGCUUCAUUUUCUGAACAUGAAUCAGAGCACGAUGUUGAUUAACCUGAACAGACAGAACCUGAUGGAUUGCAUCAUGUCCCUGCCCAGAUUCUACCAGGUUGCUAUUGUGUCUGAGGCUUAUGACUUUGUUCCAGACUGGGCUGAAGUUCUGUAUCAACAAGUGAUUAUAAAGGGCGACUUCAAUUACCUGGAAGAAUUUAAGCAACAAAGGUUACUCAAAUCCAAUAUAUUUGAGGAAAUUGCGAAGAAGGUCAAACAGCACCAGCCAACUGAGACUGCUCAGAAAAAUCUGAAGACGUUACUGACCUACUGUGAAGACAUCUACCUGUACUACAAAUUGGCGUAUGAUAACAAGUUCUAUGAUGUGGUAAACAUGCUUUUGAAGGAUGCGCAGACUGGCUGCUGUCUAAAGGAUAUGCUGGCAAAUUAGAUUCCAGCCUAAGUGAGAUGAAGAUUCUCGCCCAGACAAGCAGCAGUACUAUGGCUUGCACUGUCCAGCUCCUGGUCACUUGCUGCCAGGUGCCUUAAAAAAUACUGGUUUCAGUAUGUGAAAUUUACUAUAAAAUCCCAGCACUGUUUUGAACGUCCCUGAAACACAGACACUAUUGACCCAAAGUUGUUUUGGACAAUAAACAAUUCUUAAUAUUUAAAUCAGAGUUGAACAAAAUGUUUUGUAAAAGCCUGCUUGGUGGGCCUAGAAGAUGGUGCUCUGGCCAGCUGGGAUUUCAGCCAGACUUUAUUCUAAAAUGACUUUGGCUAAUUUAGGGGCAUGGAUUACUGGCUUUAGCAGGAAUUGCAUUCAAGCCUCCUUAAAAACAAAAAACUGCCGAAUGCUGAGGAUCUUACCGCUGCAGAAUUAAUGUGUGGUACUUACAGUAACUUAAACUGAACAUCAGAUCAAAUAUUUAUCUGUUUAAAAUAGGCUAAUAGAUGUUCUGCUGACCUUACAAGACCAUUAGUGCAGGUACAAUACUUGAAACAUUCCUAUUAAAAAGUCUCUUGCCUAUUUUUCCAAAAUCUUCAGAGGAAGCAAUUUGCCUAGGAUACUCCUCUCUAGUGCUUUAUGCAAAUGAGAUUAUUUUUACCUACCCACUGUAAGAUUUAUAGGAAUACCAUAAUAGUCAAUGACAAAAAUGGACUACCUCUGUAUUCACAAUCAGCUUCCUACUUAACAGAGUUAAGAUGUUAUGUACUUUUAGAGUGCACUCUUCUUUUACCAGUGAAACAAAGGAGAAUUGGCUACGUGAACGUGUGCUGUGCGCACACACUAUCACAAAGUGUCUAACAUUCACCAUAUACAAUUGUUUUGUUUGCUGCUAUAUUUGUAUUAUAAAAUCUUUAAAGCCUCUAGCAUUGGUAUUGACUGGCUGGGAAUAAACCUCCUUACAGCUGUA